AUGCAUUCAUUCACCGCUUAUGCGCUCGGAGUCGCAUUCCUAGGCCUUGUCGUAUACGCAGCAACCGAGGCCUUCACCAAGUACGACAAGCGAUACAAUGUCCAGAACAUGCCUGGGCCAAGGCUGGUGCCGUGGAUUGGACGUAUCCACGACCUUCCCAUCGAUUUCAUGUGGCUGAAGUUCCAGGAAUGGGCCGACACUUAUGGACCCAUCUAUCGAACGAAGAUGCUGGGCGCCAACUUUGUUAUCAUUUCGGAUGAGAAGAUCGCCGAAGAUAUGCUCGUCAAGAAGGCCAAGCUUUACUCCGACCGUCCUGAGAUCAAGUCUUUAUUUGAUGCGAAGAGCACAUACGGAUCUAUGGAGUACCUUCCCCUCAUGGGAAAGAACCAAUACUGGGCUCGUCAGCGCAAAUUUACACAUUCUUAUCUUACCGGCGCCACUAAUGUACGCUACAAUGGUAUCAUGGAAUUCGAGGCCAAGCGAUGGAUGGCCAGGCUGCUUGAAAACCCCGAUGACUUUUGCUUCUCGCUUGAGGACAUGUGCUCCAAGGUCAUGUGCCAAUUGACAUGGGCCGAUCACUCGCUCAGUCUUCCUCUUACUCCCAGCGCAUGGGGUCUCCUUACUCAGAUGUCUCCCGCUGGACCUAUCACCAAUGUAUUGACCCCUCUCUGGGAUUGGGUGCCAGAAGCAGUGAACCCAUGGAAAAUCAGGGAGCGCAAGCGCCACGACGAACAACAAGCUUUCUUCAUGAACUGCCUGCAAAACACCAAGAAGAAAAUGGCCAACGGCAAGCAGCAACCCUGUUUCACCAAGAACUACCUGGAGACGGCGGAAAAGACAAGCAUUUCGGGCGACUAUGAGGCGUCUUGUGUUAUUGGCAUGAUGGCACUUGUCGGUAUUUUCACCGUCACGGGUCCUAUUUACUACUUCUUGAUCAGCAUGGUUCAUCACCCGGAAUGGCAGGUCAAGUGUCAAGAGGAGAUUGACCGUGUCUGUGGAGACAAGCCUCCUGCCGUUGCCGACCUACCCAACCUUCCGAUUCUGCGCGCUUGCAUCAAGGAGACAAUGCGGUGGAAGCCUACUGUUCCAACUGGUGUUGCACAUGAGGCUGAAGCCGACGACUGGUUCCAGGGUUUCUUCAUUCCCAAGGGCACUCGUAUCCUUCCUCUCGACUAUGCAUUUCUCCGUAACCCCGUAAAGUACCCUCAGCCUGAGGAGUUUCAUCCCGAGCGCUGGUUGGAAGCUGGCUGGCCGACAUUUCAGGAGCCUUUAACCAAAUACCCGGACAUCGUUGGCAUGACUUCUUUCGGCUGGGGCCAGCGUCAAUGUCUGGGCAUGUCCAUCACUCGCGAUGAGACUGUGACCGGCUGUGGUGCCCUGAUGUGGCUUUUCAACCUCAGGCGAAAGAUCGACCCCGUGUCAGGCAAGGAAAUUGAGGUGCCACUGAACAAGUCCAACUCACUGCUCAUCAUCAAGCCAGAUCCCUGGGAGAUGGCUUUCCACCCGCGCAGCGAGAGCCGCAAGCAGCAAGCGCUUGCGCUCUGGAAGGAGGCCGAGGACAAGGAGAAGGAGGAGCGUUCCGAUUUUUUGAGGGAUUCAGCGGUGAAGAGGGGGCUUGUACAGCCAUAG